AUGAACAGAUUCAACUUUUGGAGACCUUCACAAGUAAUAAAAGACUACAGCCCCCACCCAGAACCUCGAGAAUUUAGGGAGGGGAGGACAGAAAGAAUUCCUUUCCUCACACAGUUAAACAAUGUAGAUGUUCCCACUAAGCCCACUGUGACCCUGCAGCCAUCCUGGACUCAGAUAUACAGGGGUGAGACAGUCACUGUCAGAUGUGAGAUUCAGGGAGGUGAAGGAGCUCAGUGGACGUAUGAAUGGAGACGAGGCUGGAAAAACAUACCUGAAACAUCCCAUCAAUACAGAAUCAUCACAGCUACUGAGUCUGACACUGGAGGAUACAGCUGCCGGGGUAGAAGAAGCUUUUCCUCAACGAAGUGGAGUGAUAUCACCAAAUUAACUGUAUUUGCAGCGAAACCAAAGGCUGAACUGAGAGCUGAUAGGACAGCUGUUCCAGUAGGAGGCAGUGUGACCCUGACCUGCUCUGUGAGCCCAUCAUCAUCAUCAUCAUCUUCAUCAUCUGGAUGGAAAUACUACUGGUACAGAGAUGGGAAAUCUUUUCAACCUGUGACAAAUGGACAAAUCAGUGUCUCAGAGGGAGGACUCUACAGCUGCAGAGGAGGAAGAGGAGAACCAGUUUACUACACAGAGGACAGUGAGUCAGUCAGGAUUGACCCAACUGUGUCAAACAGGCCUGUUGUGACUCUGUAUCCAAACUGGUCUGAGAUAUACAGAGGAGAGACGAUCACUGUCAGAUGUGAGAUCCAUGGAGGAGACACUGAGCGGGAUUAUGAGUGGGAAACAAACAGCAUCAUAAAACCUCCAAAUCAAACUGAAUACAGGAUUAGAUCUGCUUCAUCAUCCAACAGUGGAAACUAUCGCUGUAAGGGCAGAAUGAAAAGUUCACAGCAUAACACAACAGAGUGGAGUGAUUCAGUCACACUGACAGUUUCUGACAAUGAACCCCGUCCUGUCCUCACUGUGUCUCCAUCAUGGCUGAGUCCUGGAGCCUCAGUAACUCUGAACUGUGAGGUUGAACAUCCGUCUGCAGGAUGGAGCUUCUACUGGUAUAAAGCUGUUCCUGAUCUAUCACAGAAAUCCUACAGUUAUGAGCUGCUACCUGAUGGCAGUGGGACUGCACAGGACUCCUACAUCAUUCAUGGACAGACACACACAGCAGGAUAUGUGUGCAGAGCUGGAAGAGGAGACCCAGAGUAUCACACUGAUCACAGUCAACCAAAGUUUGUCUGGUCUGCAGAUGUUCAUUCAGCAGCGUCUCUCACAGUGAGUCCUGACAGAGUGCAACACUUCACCUCUGACUCUGUCUCACUGACCUGUGAGGGAAACUUCACUGAGUGGAGAGUGAGGAAGUUCUCUGAGGACGGCCGACUCUCUGACUGUAGGAGAAUGACUGGAUCCACAUGUAACAUCAACACAUCAAAGUCAGAUACUGGAGUGUACUGGUGUGAGUCUGGAUCAGGAGAGUUCAGCAGUGCAGUCAACAUCACUGUACAGAAUGAUGGUAAUGGUCCUAUCCUGGUGAGUCCUGUUCAUCCUGUGACUGAGGGAGCUUCUGUUAGUCUGAGCUGCAGUUUGAGAACACAAAAAAUACUUUCCAAUGUGUUUUUCUAUCACAAUGACAAACUUAUUCAAAAUGAUACCCGAGGGGAGCUGAAGAUCUCUGCAGUGUCAAAGUCUGAUGAAGGUUUCUACAAGUGUCAGUACUCAGGAAGAGAGUCAGCACAGAGCUGGAUGUCAGUUAAAGUAACUGGACCCAGUUCAUCUCCUGUGUGGUUGAUGGUUGGACUGGUUUGUGGAGUCUCUCUCAUUAUUAUUCUCCUGCUCUUGUUGUAUCGCUGCAGACAGUCCAAGUAUUCCUGCUUCACCAGGUCGAUCCAGUCUGAGAGUCACAGUCCGGGCUCCUCCACAAAUCAUGGAGUCAACCAGAAUGAAACUCAUGUGUACGGCUCUCUUCAACAUGGUACUGCUGACGUCUAUGAAUCAGUCACACAAGUGAAGAGCAGAAAUGGUUCAGAUGAAUAUGAGGACAUCACCUCCUCUCUUAUCGAGUUUAAAGAUCUUAGAACUAAGAGGCAGCUGUGGUCCAGCCAUCCCAUGGACCCAGUUCCUCUGGUGAGGGGGGCUAGGGCCCAGUUGAUCCCUGCUCCGGUUCUCAGGCCAGCUGAAGCUCUGCUAGUCCCUGCACCCGUACCUGUUCCUCGGGGUGAGGCUGGCCAGGACACAGCCUUCCUCUGCACCAGUACCUACACCCGCGGGUGGGAGCAGCUAGUGCCCAGCAGGCCCCUGCACCUGUUUCUGACCCCGCUGGAGGCUCAGCUGCCUGUUCCUGCUGGAGGGUCCGAGGGGCCCGUCCAGAUUUCUGCCUCUGUUGGAGAGUCCCAGGGGCCCGUUCAGCCACACCGUCUGGUCCUGCCUCACUUCGUCCUGUCCGGCCUGCAGCGUCGCCGCCGUUGCUUUUCGCACAGUUUUUCCUCCUGA